AUGUUGUCCACGCUGACGCCUUUUAUCCCCACGCACGCCCAAAUCCGCUCCUGGGGCUAUCCCGACGACGUCCGGGACAAACUCGAGCGGCUUGCCCUUGCCCUUCUUCGGCGGCUUUUUGCCCCGUUGGUGCGGCGCUGGCGGGGGCGGCGGGCGCGGCUGAAAUUACUCAACGCCCUCCUCCACCGGUAUUUACCAGACCAACGCGCCAAACAGCGCUGUCUGCAGGCCAUUUUAUCCAAAUCCGCCAUCGCCCAGGCCACCCCUCUUCUGCGUUCCGCCGCCGCGGGGGAGGGGUUGGGGAAGGACGUCACCAAAGCUCCACUCACCGAGGUGAGGUUCGUUGGCGAGGAGGAGGGGGAUUUGGGGAACCCCCGCGUGGGGGGGAGACCGCCGGGUGAAAAGUCCUCCCGCUCUAUAUUAUUCUCAUCCAUCGGGCAUUCCACCGGGACCGAUCCCACCGCAAAGCGGGAAUCGUUGUCGUUUUCAUCCUCCCAGAGCCAAAUUCAGGCCUCGCAAACCCUAAAAGAGGCGAUUUCUAACGUGCUCGAUCUCAAUCUCAGGUUUCGAGCCUAUUUGCAAGGGGAGAUGGUGCAAUGGCCGAUGGAGCCUGCCCACGAAGUGUUGAUCUUGUUAGAAGGCACCUUCGAGCGGGUGGAGCCACGGAAAGUCGGGGCGGAGGAUUCGCAUCCCGGGAGGUGGUCCCAAUCGAGAUCGAAAUUUCCGUCUUUUUCCAUAUCCACGAUGAAUUCAAGCCUCGAAGGGACUUAUCCCCCGCCCAUCUUUCAGGCAGGGGGAAAGGCCAAAGGACUUUCGCAAACUUCAUGCCCCUCUGGGGGUGGAAUGGAUAGUUCAACUACCUCGCGGAGGUGGCAAGGGAAACUUUUUCCCCUGGAUUAUACGGUGCAGAAAGAUUGGUUAUCGGCCCCGGCUGUGCUGGGAGAAAUCCCUUGCAUUGGUGGCUUUCCUUUUUGCGCGGAAAUCGUGGUGCAUUCCGAGCAGGCAGUGAUCGCUAGCAUUCCGUUUGAUAUUUAUUGUCGAAUCGUUUCGUUAUUGCCGCUAAAUUCUCAACGGAAGCUUCUCACGCAGGCGCUCAAACAACGCGAGCUUCUUAUGCCCUACUUCGCUCCCAUGACCCGAGAACGACUUAGUGUUUGCCCAUUUUUAUCCCGCUUGAGGUCCGAAGACGUAAAUCACCUGCGGGAGUAUUUAGUACCGAAAGUAUACGCCUCCGGGAUGCUAUGUAGUGAAGGUUCAAACCCAAAGCACAUCUUUUUCAUCCGCCGCGGAAUUGUUUGUGUGGAUCUGGAGCAUCAGAAUAUCACGGAGACCUUUUCCUCGUCCUGUCCGCGAAGUCGGACCCUCCUCACGGAAGGCCACACGUUUGGGGAGGCUCAGUGCAUUUCCCGGGAAAGGAUUAAGGACUUGUUUUACGCGGUAAGCCACGUUGAUAUGUACAUUUUGCGUUUUGAUAUCUUAAUUCGGUUGAUGGAGCAGUGGCCGGUGGCGCAUAAGGACGUCAUUAUCGCGACAUCUGUUUUAAAUAAACUAAACUCAAAGGAGGCGCCGUCGCUUUCUUUUAGUUUGAGCGGGGUGGAUAUUACCCUCAUGCGGAAUGCGGCAAAACAUCAAAACAUCAUGUUUGAGCUGGCAAAUCUACACUCUGCGAUUGCGAUGGAGGACUCGGGGGAUAAUUUGAUUUCAGGGCGUCAGGGGGGGGCUGUUCUGGAAAGGCAGAAGUCCAGCGCAGUUUUUUCACCCGGAACGCCUUUGAACUCCGUAAAAUGCUGCCUCACUAGCGCACGAAAUGGGGUCCUGACUUCUUCAGGCUCUUCGUUUAUUGUUCGAGGUGAUCCGUCGCGUUUUGUCAAGAUCAUGAAACGUAUUCCAUUGUUGGGCCUUAUUGUCAAAGAGGAGGAUCUUACCGAUCUGAGCAUUUACUGGAGGUGCUCGAUCUUCGAAAAGGGGGAUUUUAUUGUACGACGUGGGGAGGAGUGCAAUCAUCUCUUCUACUUUUCCGAGGGUCAGGCGGGAGUUAUUCUUGACGAGAACCGCUUCCGACAGGAAGUCAAGGCCUUAAGCCCUUUGGCCGAUUUCUAUGACGGCGAGAUCCUCAACUUUAAAUCACUUUCCACCGAGGAGCUUUUCCCCAUUCCAUCAGGGCAUACCAUUGGCUAUACUUGCGUACGACGCCACCGAUGGACUCACAGCAUUAUUGCGAUGGAGGAUCAUUUAGAGGUUUGGGUGUUGGAGCGGUCGUCACUUGUAUCCUUCUUGUGGAAAUCGAAGUUGGACCAUCAGAUGCAGAGUGCCGCAUUACAGUUAUUGCAGCCUCUUUAUAUCCAGCGCGAUCGAAUCCCUUUACUGGAUUAUCAACCACUGCUUUCACUUUUUCCGAACUCCUUAUGGAGUGAACAUCCAAUGCCCAACAUGCACCCCGUUUCGGUUGUCGAAUCCAAGGUGCUAUAUCCUAUAUGGCAAGAAGGUGACUUUCCUCUGCCUCUGUGA